AUGCGGGUCUUAUUUGUUCUCCCCAGCAGGAGGGCGUUCCGCUGAAGGAGACUCGGCCUCGGCGGCUGAAUCGUGCCGGUGAACCGAUUCCCGAUUCACCCGCCGUCCGCGCGGAGGAGCGUUGUCGAUCGGACGAACGGGCCUGCGGACGCGCGCGUGCCUGGCGGACUGGGAGCCGCGGAGAGGCGACGCGGAGGCCGGGCCCAGACAUGGAGGCGGCCCGUCCCUGCAGCGGGGCUGAGCUGGAGGACGGCCGCUGCUCCUAGAAUGGAUCGUUUCUGCUCAGCGGGGGACAUGUCGCCUCUAUAUGUGCCAAGAAAGAGGAGAUCUCUGCAGUCUCAGGCUAAAAGUGGGCUGUCGAGUCCAGUUGAAAGUUUCAAGCCUCCGACAGCGGUUCAGAGAAUGUCAGACAGCUCCUACCACAAGAGUGACGAGUGUCCAGAUGCUCCGAAGAUGAAGAGGACCUACGGCAGGAAGAGAUACGAGGACCUUCAGAGUGUUUCCAUGGGAACAAUAGACUACCCCACUGCCAGCUGCUCAGUGAUGUCACCUGGUGGCCUGGCCAAUGGGACGGACCCUCCACGACUGGGCCCAAAGGACGUGUGGCCACAAGACCCAGAGGUCACCAGGGAGCAGCCUCAGGACCAGAGCUGGACCUCCAGCCAGAACCGAGGCGCCGACGUCUGGGCUCCAGGCAGAGACCGGAACCAGGGGCAGGUGUGGAACAGCAGAGACAGACCGGGACACUCGGCUCCAGACCAGACGUGGAUCCCAGGCAGAGAAAGAGCCCACGCCGGACCAGCGGAUCAGACCUGGGUGACGGGCGGGGACAGAGCAGAACCUGAGCAGAACUGGGUGGCCGGCAGAGAGCGGGGCCAGGACCAGGGCUGGAGCGCAGGCAGGGAUCCAGGAAGAGAGCGAGCGGCCUCAGGCCCAGAGCAGGACUGGAGCUCUGGGAGAAGCCAGGACCAAGGCUGGAGCGACACACCGGACAGAGGACCCGUCUGGAGGCCGGACUUGAACAUGAAGAAGGUCCAGAGAGAGGAAAUGGAGCAAAGUCCUUCUGUGAACAGCUUCCCUCAAGAGGCCAGAACGUCCUGUCCAGAUGCCGCCAGAGCCGGCGCCGCUUCAACCCAAGCCAGCGAGGAGCAGAAAGCGCCGGUCCUGCCGACCCGGAAGGAGGCUCCCUCCUACCCUCCAGGAAGCCAAGAGGAGCGGUGGCAGCUCCAGAUCGUGGCCAAAGGCAGAGUCACGUGUCCCAAGUGUAAAAGCGUGAGCAGGAAGACGGUGGAGGGGCUGAAGAAGCACAUGGAGAACUGCCGACUGCAACCGUUCACCUGCCAACACUGUGGGAAGCAGCUCAAGUCUUCCACGGGGAUGAAGUACCACAUCAUGGCCGACCACAGCCACCUGCCUUCGGCCGAUGACGCCGCGGACCUGGACGAUCGCGCCAUCAAAGACAAACUGCGCAAAAUCCUGAAGAGGCUCGGGAAACUGAAAUGCUCCAAGGAGGGCUGCAGCGCCGCCUUCACCAGCAUCAUGGGCUACGUCUACCACAUGAAGAAGUGUGGGAAGGAGGAGUCGGAGCUGGAGAAGAUGCUGCUCAACUGCUCCCACUGUGGGAAGACCUACAAGUCCAAGGCUGGUCUGGAAUACCACCUCAAAUCCGAGCACGCGCCCACUCCCCAGAAGGCCGAGGAAGACGAGGUGCUGAAGGCUCAUAGGGAGGCCAACCCCGAGAGGACGGCCAGCGGCCGGGUGCAGCGCGCCUCCGCCCAGGUGGCCAACUUCCACCUGGCCGAGAUCGCCAACAACGAGCUGCCCAAGGACUGGCCCAAGAGGAAGUUCCAGUCGGACCUGGUACCCGACGACAAGAAGCUGAAGUACGCUCGGCCGGGUCUCCCCGCCUUCAGCCAGGAGGUGCUGAGGAAGUGGAAGAACGAGGUGAAGCUGCAGAGGAAGGUCCAGUGUCCCAACCAGGGCUGUGGCUGCACCUACACCAGCGUGUCUGGGCUCAAGGCUCAUCUGGGACUCUGCACAAGGGGCGACUUUGAGGCGGGGAAAUACCGGUGCCUGAUCUGCAACAAGGAGUUCAACUCUGAGAGCGGAGUGAAGUACCACAUCAACUCUGUGCAUUCACAGGACUGGUUUGUCACCAACAAAAAAGCCUCUAAGAAGUUUGAGAAAUUCCUCAAGAACCAGUCCAAGGAGUUGGUCCAUAAUGCAGACAAGCAGAUUCUGGAUGAGUACCAUCAUCGCCACCUCCAGCAUCAUCAGCACCAGCAUCAGCAGCAGCAGCCUCUCCAUCGCCUGCACCACCACCACCCGCAGCAGCAGCUCCAGCCCCUGCAGCCGCUGCACCACCUCCAGCAGCACGCCCAGCUCCUGCUCCCGGAGCAGAACCCGCCCCUGGACCCGCUGCAGCCGGUGCUGCACUACACCCCCCUGGAGCCGCCGGCGGGCCCGCUGUGGGUGGAGGUGGACCACAGGGCCCUGACGGCGGCGGAGCAGGCGCCCAUCGAGAUGGAAAUGGACGAUGUGGACCACAGCGGGUUGGUGGAGGUCAAACCCAGAGAGAGGGGGGGCCGAGGGGGGGAGAGGGGGAGGCGUAAGGAUUGUUUCUCCUUUGGAGGCAGCAGCAGCAGCUCAUGCAGCGAGUCCGACGUGGAGCAGCAGGACAGACAGUGGAGCCUGAGGAGAACCGGACCCGUGGAGGCUCUGCCCGAGGCGGGAAAACGACCCAGACACAACUAACAGAACCAACAGGCAGCUCCUGGACUCCAGCACCAGAACCACGGUCGUGCUCUCGAGGAAACUGCGCAGACUCUGUGGGAGACACACACUAGUCUUGUCCUUGUUUAGUCAAGAGAAAUGUAGUGACGCUGUUUGUGUUUGUCUGUGACUCUUCGUUUCAGAUCUUCUCGUCCUUCGAUUUCGAGGGAACAGGAAGCUCCGCCGCCGUGUUUUUCUACACUUGUCUGUUCUCUCAGCGUUUUGUGCCUCUUAAGUAUGAGCUAUAGAACUUCAUACGUCUCAUCAAUGCGACUAUUCUUCUGCUUCCACUUUCUCAUGUUGCCUCUAAUACUACACACAGACGUGAGUGGUGUCGGUUCAACUGUUAUUAGAAAAACAUUAGAAGUCGAAUGAACGUUUCAAACAUUUCACUACGACCCAAACGUCAGAACAGGGAGUAAAUAAGCACAUAUUACUUCUAAUAAUCCCAAAGCGUCACGUGUUUGGCGUCGUCCUGUUAGCAUCUGAUGCUAACAGGCGUUUAACCGGCCCCUCCCUCGUAGCAUUUUUGUGGGACUGGGAGACGAUGCUCCUCCGUGUGCGACAGUCAUGUGUUGUUUCUGUAACACUUUAUUCUGCUGUUGUGUUUUGCUUCACCUUCCACUGCCUUUUUACUGGAUCAGCGUUAGAACCAAACCGAGUCCCUGCUGGAUUUUUUUGUUGGUUAUUUAUCACCUGAGUCAGUCCUAAAAACAGCUCUCAUCACUGAAUAUGCUGUGGAAGAUUGUAGGGGUGUACCUAAUAAAGUGGCCACCUGCUCUAGCUGUUCUUUUAACGACUGUGCCUUUAGUUUCCAGGUUAGAGGGACGUUGGUUAUUGUUUCCCAUGAACACUUGCACUUGAGACCAAAUGUUUUUUUUAACCCUUCAUGCACUUUGAGUUGUUUGAUGGUUCACGAAGCACCAGAGAAUUCUGCGUUUGGGUCUAAUGUCUGAACUAGUUGUGACAUAUAUAAUAUUCCGUCCUCUGUGAUAAAUCGGUCGUGUGAAGGGUGAUUCGCAUGUCGUCUUCCUGCUGUUGUGUUCUUUACAGUAGCACAUGUUUAUCUUCAUGCUGGAGUUCAGUUCUGUCAGAGGUUUGCAUUUCACUGCCUGUUGGUUUGUAGUAAAUACACAGAACCAGUUAAACGUUUCACCGUAGGUCAGAUUAAGUUUAUUCUUGUAUCAUUGACCCACCGACCUCUGCAGAUUGAACAUUAGAAUAUUAAUUUGGUCCUGAUCUCCUGAAUGUGCCCAACCAUCAUCAUAAAUGAUCUGGGUCUGAGUUUAAGUAAGGUCCAUUCAGUAGCUUUUUACCAUUUCUAAAAGCAAAAAGCACUUAAUCUUUUUUAUUAUUAGUUUGUGAGACAUAACUUUAAUUGAAGUGACAAUAACAAAAACCUGUAAAUGUAAUUUGUUAUUACUUCCUUUUUUAGAUGUGCUGCUAGAACCAGCAGUGAUAGAACAACAGAUAAUUAAAGGUUUAAUCCAUUGUC